AGCUUUCCAGCGCAGCGCGGUGACGCUGUGUGUGGCUGGGCUUAAAGAGACAACAGCGAAAUCAUAGCAACUUGAAGACAAGAGGAAACGAAAUGAGAAAGAAAUACUCGAAAGUCGGACCAUGACUUCGACCUCGCCUCUAUAACCGAGUUAAAAGAUCUCCAGUACCUCAGUACCAGACUUUCACUUAUUGUUUUUAAGCCUGCGUUGCCUCCUGAAUUGUGGCCAUGCAGCAUGGGGUCUGUCCACUCCGUCACUGAAGGCUGACCAGAAGGAAUGAGGCUCCAUUGGAGAUAUUCCUAUAUUGCCUUGUGGAUUUGGUAGCUGGAUUUUGGAGUGCUUUUUUUUUUUUUUUUUUUCUUUUUUUAUAAGUCAUUUUGUAUGUGCGUCUUUGGGCACAGCCUAGCAACACCUGCCUAUUCCUCAGGCAGGGAAAUGCUACCGUGAAACUAGUCCUGGAGAAACGUGAGAGAGAAGCUCCUUUACUCAUCAAGGAAUUUGAAGAUAACGGAAAGCCCUUAACUGAAGAGCUGAUUUGAUUGGCACACACGGCACUGGAAGCUGUAGUUUCAUCUCAUUUUCUCAAUGAUCUUGUGAACAAAGUCACAUUUUUAGCAGCAACACCUUUCCUCUGUUCUGAGUAUUUGUCUCCCCCCUCUCCCUAAAGCUUAGUCUACCAUUGUUUUUUUGGAGUUUCUUUGGUUUGUAUGGCUUGAGAAUAACCGUGGAGAAGCCAGGGUAUCACAAGCUUAUGGAUUUUGAAAAGAGAGGGGGCAAGGCGGAGACAGAGGAAGGGAAAAAGAUGUCCAAGACAGCAAGCAGCCGGACUGGACAUGGGGGCCGGAGUUCAGGGACCAAUUCUGGAGUUCUUAUGGUCGGCCCAAACUUCCGUGUGGGCAAAAAAAUUGGCUGCGGGAACUUUGGAGAACUGCGGCUGGGAAAAAAUCUCUAUACUAAUGAAUAUGUGGCCAUCAAAUUGGAACCUAUAAAGUCCAGGGCGCCUCAGCUUCAUUUGGAGUAUAGAUUUUACAAACAGUUGGGAAAUUCAGAGGGGAUCCCUCAGGUGUAUUACUUUGGUCCUUGUGGGAAAUACAAUGCCAUGGUUCUGGAGCUGCUGGGACCCAGUCUAGAGGACCUGUUUGACCUCUGCGACCGUACCUUCUCCCUCAAGACCGUCCUCAUGAUAGCCAUACAGCUGAUAACACGGAUGGAAUAUGUCCACACCAAGAGUCUGAUAUACAGAGAUGUGAAGCCAGAGAACUUCCUGGUUGGACGGCCAGGAAGCAAGAGGCAGCACACCAUCCACAUCAUCGACUUUGGUCUGGCCAAAGAGUACAUAGACCCCGAGACCAAAAAACACAUCCCCUACAGGGAGCACAAGAGUCUGACUGGGACAGCACGCUACAUGAGCAUUAACACACAUCUUGGAAAAGAGCAAAGUAGAAGGGAUGACCUGGAGGCGCUGGGCCACAUGUUCAUGUACUUCCUUCGAGGCAGCCUACCAUGGCAGGGCCUUAAGGCUGACACUCUUAAGGAGAGGUAUCAAAAGAUUGGCGACACCAAACGAGCAACACCGAUAGAAGUGCUGUGUGAAAGCUUCCCUGAAGAGAUGGCCACAUACCUGCGCUAUGUCAGGAGGCUGGACUUCUUUGAGAAGCCUGAUUACGACUACUUGAGGAAGCUCUUCACCGAUCUCUUCGACAGGAAUGGCUAUGUCUUUGACUAUGAGUAUGACUGGGUCGGCAAAUCACUUCCCACACCAAUUGGUCCAAUCCCGAGUGAUGCGCCACUGCAGUCGAGCAGCAGAGACAAAGCACAACAGCAGACCAAAAACCAGGUGAUGAGCUCAACGAAUGGAGAGCUGAACACUGACGACCCAACAGCAGGACACUCCAACGCUCCCAUCACUGCUCCCACUGAUGUUGAAGUGGCCGAUGAAACCAAGUGCUGUUGUUUCUUCAAAAGAAGAAAGAGGAAAGCCCUUCAGAGGCACAAGUGAGACAAGAUGGAGAUGGACGGAAGAGUGAACUUGAAACAUUGUGGUCACUGUCGAGUUUUAAAUGGAAGCAACUACACAGACCCCCCCCUCGCCUCUUAUCUCUUUCAAGCUUCCCCUUUUCACCUGUUUACUCCUCUCACUUUGCUUCUGUCACUUUGUUCCCCCGCCCCACGCUCUAUCUCUUCUCUUUUCUCGUUCUCAGUGUUCCCCGGCUACUGACGAGUUAAAGGAAUGUUGCAGUCCUACUGACUCCACAACAGACUCCUGAUUCCUUUACCGACAAAAUUGAACGUACCUGCUUUACAACGGGGGCUCAAGAGAAAAGUAAAAAGAAAAACAUUUAAAAAAGAAAAAAAGCAAAAAAAAAAGCUGUAACAAUGAAACUCUGUGGCGUGAAAAUGAAAAAAAGAUACUGUUUGAAACAGUUGUUGUAUUCUAGAUUCCAUAAAGAACGUGUAUUGUUCCAACAGUCAACCGAUAUGAUCAGGGGAAUCCUGGCAGUGGUUCACACGAAAGAAAUCUGCUCCUUAGGAAAUUUACUUUGUUUUUUGCCCUUUGGUGUGUGUUUUGGGAUCAAGGUAAAGAAGAAAAGGUGAACUAUGCUGAUGUUGAUGUGAGAGACAGGAAGCAUUUCAUCUACUGUAUAAAACAGAAUUUGGAGGAUUUUAUGUGUUUUUUUUUUUUUUUUCUUAUUUUGUAAUUGAAUCCUCAUUUUUUUCUAAUUCCUGCAUUGAAAACUUAAUUUUAUGUUGUAGUGUUCUGGAAUUCAGUUCUUUUCCUCACUCUGGCUUUCUUUACGUCUGUCAUCAUGGACUUUGUAGCACAGUCACUGGCCUCAGGUACUGUGGAAGAUCGAGAGAAACAGAUAUUAAGCUCUCUUAUUAUUAUUGCACUUUUGGAAAAAAGAAAAUUACAGUGGAAUACUUUAGGUUUGAAAUUAACAGAUAAGAAAACAACCUAAUAAAGACUGAUCUAGGAAGAUUCCUUCAUGAUGCUUA